UAGGUGAUAAUUUUAUACCCCGAACGUAAAGUUCCUUGUAGCUGUGCAUACGCAGCCAGAGAAGACCACGAGCGAGAAGGUCAGAGACGACUGAAAGAAACAAACAACUUCCAAAAUUCAAUUCAAUUCAGUUCAACUUGAAUUGAACUUCAAUCUUCUUCUUCCUUUAUUUAAUUCAAUUCAAUUAACGUGAAGUGAUUGAGAUUUCAACCAUUCAGAAUCGGAAUCAUCAAGUUAUUAAAAUGAAACCAAUCACUCCAAGUAGUUGGUUGUGGUUACUAUGCUUCAUUAUUUCUCUACUUUCUCUUCAAUUUCAAGGUUGUUUCGGAUCUAUCAAGAAAACCGAUGAUGCUUACGUCACUCUUUUAUACGGAGAUGAAUUCUUAUUAGGCGUUCGAGUUCUCGGAAAAUCCAUACGCGACACUCGAUCCAAUAAAGACAUGGUUGUAUUAGUCUCCGACGGAGUCUCCGAUUACGCCAAAAACCUUCUCACGGCUGAUGGUUGGAUAGUUGAGCAGAUUAGUUUACUAGCUAAUCCUAAUCGAGUUCGUCCUAAGAGAUUUUGGGGUGUAUACACAAAGUUGAAAAUAUUUAACAUGACCAACUACAAAAAAGUUGUUUACCUUGAUGCCGACACUAUUGUGGUUAAAAAUAUUGACGAUCUUUUCAAAUGUCGGAAAUUCUGUGCUAAUUUGAAGCAUUCUGAGAGGUUGAAUUCUGGAGUCAUGGUGGUUGAGCCAUCUGAAACUGUUUUUAAUGACAUGGUGAACAAAAUUAAAACUACUAAAUCUUACACUGGAGGAGAUCAGGGAUUUCUCAAUUCCUAUUACUCUGGAUUUCCCAAUGCACAUCUUUUUGACCCAAACUUGUCCGCAGAGGAGUUGAAAGCCAGACCAGUUCCUGAAAUGGAGAGACUGUCGACACUCUAUAAUGCAGAUGUUGGUCUCUACAUGCUCGCUAACAAGUGGAUGGUCGAUGAGAAAGAGCUCCGUGUGAUUCACUAUACACUGGGACCCCUUAAACCUUGGGACUGGUGGACAUCUUGGCUUUUGAAACCUGUUGAUGUCUGGCAGGAUGUAAGGGAACAACUUGCGGAAUCCCUUCCCGGAACAAAAGGUGGCCAAAAUCCCAAUGACAGUUUUCUUGUGAAAUUUCUUUUCUUGCUACCAGUCUCUGCUUUACUAUUCUGCUGCUAUCGUUCAUUUAUAAAGAAUCGAGAGUACUUUGGUUCAUCUUGUAGAGGGUCACUAUAUGAUCAAGUCAGACACCUUUAUUAUAAGAUUAGAUCAAGUGGACCACUUGCAUAUUCAAGUAUUUCAACAUCAGCAACCAAUUCAAUCCAUCAGCUCUUGAAUGGUUCUCAGCACAAGGUUCCUGCCUAUUUGGGCGGUAUUUCUGUCUGUGUCUGUUUAGUGGCUGCAGUGGUGUCACUUGGACUAGGUCUCUUGAUUGUUCCCCGUCAAGUGAUGCCAUGGACCGGUUUGCUUUUGAUGUAUGAGUGGACAUUCACAAUGUUUAUUAUAUCAUUCGGAGGUUAUCUACAUCUGGUUUAUCAGUGGGGAAAAUUUGUGGCAUCACGAGCAGCAGCAUCCUUGUCACAUCCCGAGUCUUUGGAUUAUGAUUCAGGAAAACGCCAUCAGCGACAGAUGUCAUCGUGUGAUACUGCUACAUGGUACUAUGGUUUAGGGAUGGCCUUGUUGGCCAUUGGUGCUCCAUCCUUGCCUUGUCUUUUUGGAAUAACUGCCUUGUUUUUGAGGCUAGGUUUGAUGGUUGUUGGGGGCAUCAUAUUGGCAUCUUUCAUGACAUAUGCUUCCGAACAUCUUGCUAUCCGAUCAUUUCUAAAAGGCCUUGAAGAGUGGGAUAUUGCUCCAAACAGGAGCUUGUGUUUUUUGUGUUGAUUAUUUGUAAUAAUAGGAAGUGAUGUAAACUAUGGUUUUGAUAUUUCCUUCAUUUUUACAGCUAACAGCCUAGAUAUGUAUUGUUGUUCUAGUGGAAGAUGUAAAAAAAAUGAAUUUUUGUAUAUCUAGGAUUGUAUGAGAGAUUUUUGUUGUAACAUCAUUGUUAUUAUUCUUUUCAAAACAGCUAUCUGUGAUUAACCUUUCAUGCCAUCA